AUGAUUUCAGCUACGGAACUAAGCUCCACUGUUAUUGAGAGCAGCACUGGGAUGACCACAGUUACACAAGACGCUACUACCAACGCCGUUUUUGACACAGAAACUUCAUCAACUGUAGAUAUUAGCUCCACCAUUACCGAAAGUAGAGUCGACAUAACAACCUCGUCACGAGAACUCACUGCUACAGCAUCUAUCUCAACUACAGUAUCAACCCUCACUACCACCGAGAGCACAACAACUUCUAAAGUUACCACUACUACAGAAGCAGCUGGUCCUCCCACGAUCACCAAUCUUGGACUCGACGACAACACAGCCGGGUACUAUCAAUCAGUGGCAGGAGAUAUCGUAUACAUGUACGUAUACUCAAAGCCAGAUUGA